AAAAAAUGGAGUGUUGUUGAAAUUGAACGUUUACAGUUGAUUAGUUGAUUAGUUUUUAUUCGAAAAACUUCUUUCCAGGUUUUAGGGAUAUGGGAGCAAUAAAUUUUUAGUGAAUAAUUUUUUAGGAAGUAGUGCUUAUCCUCAUAUGUGCAUGAACAUGACUGGUUGCAAUAACAUCGAACAGGAAUAUUCUGAGUUGAAUAGGAAAAAUGAGUGGACAGUAGUUUACAAGAAAAUUCGGGAACAGAGCUUGAAUAAUAGCAGUAGUGCUUUGGAGGCUGUGAAGGCUAAAAACAAACCACUAAAUAGGUAUAGAGAUGUCAGUCCUUACGAUCAUAGCAGAAUAGUUCUGAAGAGAGGAAAUACUGACUACAUAAAUGCCAACCUAAUCAAAAUAGACAAAGCAAAUAGAAAAUACAUUCUAACCCAGGGUCCCUUACCGAGCACUGUUAGCCAUUUCUGGCUCAUGGUGUGGGAGCAAGAGAGUAGGGCCAUCUUAAUGUUGAACAAACUCAUCGAGAAUAAACAGGAAAAAUGCUACCAGUAUUGGCCAAUGGAUAUCGGCCCCGAUUUUGCGCUUAACAUGGCUGACGUAAAUUUGAGUGUUGAAUACAUUGAACAACACGAUUACUCAUAUUAUCUUACUAGACUUCUCAGGUUGACUGAUCUCGAAACUGAUACAUCUAGGGAUAUAUUGCAGUUCCAUUAUACCACAUGGCCUGACUUUGGUGUACCAAGUUCGCCCACUGCCUUCUUGCAGUUCUUGCACAAGGUUCGGAAUGAGGGGGUGUUGGAAUCUGACGUUGGCCCAGCCAUUGUUCAUUGUUCGGCUGGCAUCGGAAGAUCCGGCACAUUUUGUUUGGUUGAUAGUUGUUUAGUUCUUAUUGAAAAAUAUGGAUUAGAAUCUGUUAACGUUAAAGAAAUCCUGUUAGAUAUGAGGAAGUAUAGGAUGGGACUGAUACAAACACCGGAGCAGUUGCGUUUCUCCUACCAAGCAAUCAUCGAAGGUUCCAAAAAGUUGGAUAUAAAUGAAUUGCCCACGAAUAUAACGAACCACAUCGUCGAAGAAAACAGUUACGCCGAAAAUAACAUUUCCUCUUCGAGUUCGGAGGAAGACAACGACGAGCCUCCUCCCUUACCCCCGCCGAGAAGCGAGAGUUUGAACAGGCCCAACAACGCAUCACCCGUAGACCGUCCCCUCCCCAAAAUACCCAACAGUGUGUCUUUGAGUGACAUCUGCUACGAUCAAGACAACGAGAAGAGCGAUUCGCUGGAGGAGUCAUACAAUCCUAGUGGACCGCUUCCUACAGUCCCUGCUGGUGACGGCAGCAGCGAAGAUGAACUCAUAGAAGAAGCAAAAUCUGAUUCUGACAAUACAGAAAAAUCUAGUUCUAUAGACGAAAAUCAAAUAUCCCCAUCUGCGCUUCGUCAGCGUGUACGGCAGGAGAAAAAAGACAAAAUGGAAGCUAAAGUGCGAGAAAUGAAGAGGCGUCAACAGGUCAACGAACAUUGGACCCAACUCAAGAGGUCUCUAUACAAACCUUUACUCUUAGCGGGGACUCUAGCUUUGGGAGGGGGAAUAUUGGCCUAUUUCUACAUGCGUAACUAGUAAAUUGCCACUUUCUAUCGUUUGUUACCUUCAGAUCGUUAAUAUCUUGUCUUUCGCAUUUACUUAUUCAUUGUUGAAAUUCGAAAUUCAUUCCAAUUGGCUGCACUUGUUUUUAUUGCUGAUGUUCGAUUAAUUUUUUUCUAUCAUGUGUUAUUAAAAAAAAAGUUUAUGGUUAAUAAGUUAGAGAGUAUUGAAUUGCAGGGUUCCGUAUCGACUAUGGUCCUGUACGUCUCGGGAUGAAUAUCUGAGAUGCAGGAUCGGCAAAUAUCAUAUGUUAUAUCGUUGAAAGAUUUAAAUCCUUCUUGAUUAUUCGAAAUUUUCAUUUAAAUAUUUGUUAUCGAGUGCAAUUUCUUCAUCGUGAACAAAUUUGAUUCUUGGCACUGAAUAUUCAGAUUUCAACUUUUGUUGAAAUUGGUAAUCCUAUCAUUUCGGAUUCAGUGUAACAGAAUUGAAAUUUUAUUCACUGAACGAAUCCGUUUGAUCGAAGGAAUGAUGUUCUCAGGUUCUACGAUACGUUUUUCAAAAAUAAUCUAUUCUUCCGAACCUUUCGAUUCAUCCAAAUGCACAAAUACUGAGAACAAUAUCUAGUGAUUUGAAAGAUCAAUGGGACUGCAAAAAUAUAAAUGGAUUUUCCUAGGAAAAUCUAUUAUAUAUAUUUCAACCUGACAUGUAUUAUCAAUAGCAUAUUAGAAAUAACAAGAAGUAAUAAUAUAUAAAUAAAUUCGAUAAAAUAAUGAGUACUGACGUAAGAUGUGAUCAAUAUGUUCUGCUUUUUUUUAUUAAUGAAAUUUUUGGUACACCUAACUAUUAGUUCUAAGAGAUUACCGAGAUAUUUAAGGUAUGCAGUGAUUUUUUUUUAUAUGGCAUUUUCCUAUACGCCUACGUGAUCCGAAUUUCCUCUAAAACAAGAAAAAAAAUGAUACAAAAUAAUGUAACAAAUCGAUUGACAUUAAUCAAAGUAUCUUUUGAUAAACGCAAGAAAUUUAUAAGCAAUUUUUAUACAAGUGGGAUUUUCCGGUGUUCAUAUCAUCGUUUAUUCACAAAUUAAGGUUUUAGAGCACACAUUUGUCAAGUAUUAGAACUUGUCCAUUUCUUGAAAAUUUUAUUGCAUUUCGUGCAGAACGCUGAUAUAUGGCUUAAUAUUGGUGUUAAGUUUUGGUGCCCCGUUUUUCUUCGAAGAUGAUCGAGUUUUUGUUUGUAUGAUUCUGAUUUUUUUUUUAUUUCAUGCAGACAAAAAUAUCGUAGGUAAUAAUUUUCUCAAAAGGAGAGACAGCAUUGGCUUUCUCUUUGUAAGGAACGAGUUGCACAAAUAGUAGGCAUGGUUUAUACAGUGUAUACUGAGUCCAUGUUUGUUAUUUGUUAGGACGAUGCUUUUUCUGCUGGACAUUUCUAUAGCUACUCGUCGAUUCAUUUUUCCUGUUCUUCCGCUUCCCUUAUACAAAUUUACAAAAGUUCUACUUGAUAUACUUUUUUUAAACAAAGAAUCUCCGUUAUCAGCCUUUUGCACUUUUUUCUGUUUGUUGAAUGUUAUUUUCUCAAGUGAGUAAAGUCGAAUCUUUGGAACUGAUCCUGAUUACUAUUUUGUAAAUUAUUUUGUACAUUCUCUGUUUCAAGAACAUAAUGUAGAAAAAUGUAUGUGCUUAUAAAUAUUUAUUUUUCAGUAAUAAAAUCACAUAAAAAGCAA